GAACAUAUCGUGUUUCUCGAACUUACUCGACGAUGACGAAGACCGAGUGCAGCCCGAAGUUCUGCUUCGUCACCGGUAUAAAACAGAACAGUGGCGGCGCAUUGACUUCAAGCUUGUCUUUUGGUCAACUUUUGGUAACUCGAACGCGAAGUACCACUGUUAGCAAUGGCUCCAGUCAGAAACGGUCGUCACCUCUUCAACGAGGUUCCAACUGGCUACCCUGUGCCAGGGAAGACAACGGUGUACGACGGUAGCCAGACCAUCGACCCCGACACCGUCCCCUUGAAUGGUGGCUUCCUGCUGAAGACGCUUGUGCUAUCAAUCGAUCCUUACAUGCGGGGAAAGAUGCGGGAUCCGAAGGUCGAGAGCUACUCGCCACCAUUCCUCAUCGGGAAGCCCCUGGAGAAUUUUGGUGUAGGCGUCGUCAUCCGCUCCGAAAAUCCUGCAGUCAAGGCAGGCGAUCAUCUCUACGGCAUCUUCCCAUUCCAGGAGUACUUUGUCGAGACCGACCCGAAGAAGUACCGCGUACUUGAGAACAAGGAGAAGCUACCCUGGUCCGUGUACGUCGGCGCAGCAGGCAUGCCCGGCCAAACGGCGUACUACGCCUGGAAGGAGUACUCUGCCGCCAAGAAGGGCGAGACAGUGUUUGUAACAGCGGGCGCUGGGCCUGUUGGAUCGUUCGUGAUUCAAUUGGCGAAGCUCGACGGACUGAAAGUUAUCGCAUCUGCGGGCUCUGAGGACAAGGUCGAGUUCAUCAAGAAGCUCGGCGCCGACGUCGCGUUCAACUACAAGACGACCAAUACGCGGGAGGUGCUGAAGAAGGAGGGUGGUAUCGACAUCUACUGGGAUAAUGUCGGCGGGGAGACCCUCGAAGCUGCCCUUGACGCUGCACACCCAGAAGCACGCUUCAUCGAAUGCGGCAUGAUCAGCGCGUAUAACGCCACCGAGCCCUACGGCGUCAAGAACCUCAUGCUCGUUGUGGCCAAACAAAUUUCGAUGUACGGCUUCCUCGUGUUCCGCCUCGGACAGAAGUACGAAGAGGAGUUCUACCGCGUCAUCCCGGCGAAGCUGGCCAGCGGCGAGCUGAAGUACAGUGAAGAUGUUACGAAGGGAUUAGAGGACGUCGGUGAGGCGAUCCUGUCGGUACAGAAGGGGACGAAUAAGGGCAAGAAGGUCAUUCUGGUCGCGGAGGAGUGAGAGUGAAGCCUUCGUAGCAGCAAAAUAUUAAUGUGUAUUAUAGCAAUUCUUGGUUUAUCCCGACUAUGAAAGCGCCCAUGAUUGUAAGCUUAUCAACAUCUAGACAUUCCAUCAUCAGUCUGCGAAGCUCGUUACAUGUACUCGACAGUUCGAUGCUAAUCGUUACUGG